UGGGGUAGCGCAUCACAGGUCUGGGAAGGGAAAGAGCUACGGCAACGACCCUGACGUAUGCAUCCCCAUGUGAAGGAAAGAGGUAAGGAAGGCAAGCACCGCACCGUCCGACUUGUCUCGGGGCCAACGAAAGAACGACGCCAUUUGAGUGAGGGCGCCACGAAGACGACGGUCUCCUUUGAUAGCAUCAUCAUCAUCAUCAUCGUCUCAGUGAAUAAAUCUUGCUUUUACCCAUAUUUCACUCUAUUCUUUCCCUUCUGUUUCCUCACGGUUGAGAGACAACACCAAAUACACGACUAAUACCUACGCGAAUCCUAUCUCCAUACAGUAUCGUCACUCAGCAUUUAUCUCGUCUGUUUUUAUAUUCCCUGCAAAGAGACAGCCCAUUCGUCUCCACCAUUGAAGCAAUUCCGGCUCAAGACGAGCACCCGGCAUACCCAUGUUCGACAUAGAAACUGUCGAUUAAUAUCAACUGCAUACAGCAUUACAACCGCCAAGCGCCUUGGGAAUCCAUAAAAACAUAUUGUAACAAGGCCCUUGGCCCUGUCGAGAGCUUAUCACCACGCCGAGCCUAUCGCGGCCAAUCUAUUCCCUCGCAUCGUAUUCCAUUGAAGUCUCACCCGUCCGAGGCUCCAAUACGAAGGGCUGAGCCAGCACCCUUCUGACGUCCUUAUACUGAUGCCCACCAGCACAUCCCAGCAACCAACCAUGAUCCAGUCACAGCCGGCAGCGGCCACAGUGGCCAAUAACUCUGGUCGUCUCAAAUACGCAGAUCCUCGAGAUCUUCCUAGCUAUCCAUCUGCUGGUCUUCGUCCUGACGGUGCCGCUGCAAGUGCCGCUGCUUCACUUGGAUGGUCUAAUCAAAAAACCAUCGAACUUUGGAAACCUGACAAAACCUCAUCCGCAUCCGCUGCUGCCGCUUUAGCUAAGGAUUACAAGAUGGCUCCAACAUGGGAACCAACAUCCAACUCUGCUGGCCACAAAGCCGCACUUCUAGCUGUUGGCUCUGCUAAUGCUGCCUUAAACCAAUCCCCAAGCCAGCGCAAGUCACACGAGGGAUGGGGAAAUUCUGCUGCUACUCAGGCAUUCAACACGAAUCGAGCCAACUCAAUGCGACAGCCCGACCCAAGAGCAUCUGAUACUUCGCUGCAGGGACAAAAGUCUCUGGCCGCAGCCAAAGGUGCUAUGUCAACUACUAGACGACGAGCUAAAUCGACGCCAUCAGCACCAGACUCUCAUGCUCCAUCAUCCCCUAAGACUAACACUCGACCCGAUGCGCUCAGCGGAGCUGCACUUGCUCACAAAGCAAGCCUGAGGGCCAAGCCGGCAACAGAAAACGCCGGUGCGGUGCCAGUCACUACCAUGACUCGCAACAUGUUCACGUCUAAUCCGCCAGUCAAACCGGAGGUAGAUGAACGACAAAACAAUGAGCAACUUCAUGCUUCAGCGGUUGCGAUGGCCCGAAAGAUGUAUUCACAUCAACAAAAGAUUAUCGACGAAGCCAAGGAAACCCAUGGGCAAGGCUCUGAUGCACCACAGCCAAAACCAUACAUUAAUCUCCAAGACGCUGCAUACAAACAAGCACAAGAACGACUGGCGAAGCUUGAACAAGAACACCAGAAGAAUAGAGACUACCAAUCUUACUAUGGAAACGAAUCGUCGCCUAGACGGCGGUUUACACUGACAUCCAAGCUGCGUCGUCGCUCUUCUAGCGACGGUGACCUUGACGAUAGACAACAAUCCGAAAGAAUACGACAGCAGAUGUCACUCUUCUCCAACAAGCUUUCAGAGGUUGAUCAGAAGAAGCGACAGGAUGAUCGCAACGCGCUUCUUGCUGCGGCACAACGCAACGUCAAGGCUCGAUUGCAAGGUAUGGAUGAGAAGGUUUAUCAUGAAACUGGCCAGGUCAACCCAACUCUGAUGAGUGAGUGGGAGCUUAAGGCUCAUCAGUUGGCGAGUGCUAGCCACGAAACCCGAAAUGCAAACAAGGGCAAGAUCGACAUCGGAGGUGGCAGAUUCAUGGAUUCUCACGAUAUAGACGCCAUCGCAGCCAAAAGAAUGCAGCCCCUUUUGGAUGACAUUAACGAGAAGGCUGAAGUUGAGCGCGAGCGACUCGCUACACUCAAGAUGGAAGAGGAAGCAAGAAAGGCUGAGCAGGAGAAGCAAAAGGCGCGCGACCGCGAAACUAAAGAAAUCACAAAGAAGCUUAAGGACCAAGAGAAGCAGGAGUACAAGGCCAAGAAGGCGGAGGAGAAGGCGGCACGAGCUGAAGAGCGACGCCAGGCCAAGGAAGAGAAGCAACGGUCCAGGGGUAACACAGCUGUCUCUGGCGAAGAAGCUAUUGAUGAUGGUGCGAGCACAAGAAGCGAAGAGGCUGUCUCACCUCCUAUUGUUGCACCAAAUGAAUCGAGUGAGCCUAGUGCCCCAGCAGCUAUCGAUACAGAAGCUGGCACAACGGAAAGGGGCCGCAGAAAGCUCAGCGAUGCUGCAUCACCAACUUCCAAGGUCAAGGGAUGGAUCAAGAACCGGUUUUCACGAGGCAAAUCUCUCGGAGAGAAAGACCACGAAAGCCACGGUGACAAGAGAAGCAGUUUCAUUGGCGGAGCCGCUCUCCGGGAUACUGAUGCAAAUGAAAGUUCAACAAGUCUGGACAACCGGGCUACGAGCAUGCGAGAUGUCGCCCUUGCCGGUCGCAGCGCAAACGCUGAGUCAAGCGACCACGACCGGGAUGUACUGCAUGAUUCGCGCGGCAUCAGCCCCGUGAGCAGUCUAAGUGAAGACGAGGCGGUUCCGGCUCUUACUCCCCCCCCAGCAAUCAAAGACCCUGCUGAAAGGAAGAGCCAAAGCCCUUCACGGGACUCGAGAUUCAGAGAGAUGAUGGAUAACUAAACCAGUAUUGUUGCAGGACAGGAGUUUGGAAAGGAGGCAUAAUGAUGGGAUUGGUUUGGAUUACGCCUGGCGCAAGAGAAUGGAUUGCUGUGUAUCUGUAAAGCGUCAUUCGUUUUUAACAGCAGGACUAUAGCAAUUGGGGAAGUUGAAAGGGUUAUCUCACUAUUGGUGUAAACUCAAUGUCUUUUUUUGAGCUAUGACGCAGUACAUGUACGGAACUUUCGGAUGAACAUUACGACUAUAACAUGGUCAGCUACGAUGAUGAGACAAAGCAGGAUAGUGGUUGGCAAUACAGAGUAAUAUACCUCAUAAAGUACGAAAGACGACGAGUGACAUGAAAUUGUGACUUAUUAUGUCAACAUUGUUUAAUUAAUUGAUAAUCAUUAUACAUGAGGCAAUUCC